CGGGGCGUGGCGGCGGCACAGUUGCGCAUAUCUUGCUGAGGCGAGGCUUUGUGUAGAUCAGGUCAGCAGCUGCUCGUCAUCUUUCAUAGGCCGUUCUGGCUCAGAACGGGGCGCGGCGGCGACAAGCCUGGGCUGGCGCAGUGUCGCGGGGAGUGCUCGGGCUCGCGGCGCUGCCGCGCGCGCGGACCUCCGCGGGAGGCGGGUAGCAUGUUUUGCACGUCCUCGCGGGAGAAGGGCACCCUCCCCCCGACCGCGUGUCCACGUGAGCUCCGGUGCACAGCCCGCGGCGUGGACUGGCUGACCUUGGAGUUCGAGCUUGUCUUGCCCGACGAUCCGGGCUUCAACAGGGAGUGCGUGGAGUGCCACGUUGAGCGUCUCGAUUCUGGACUGUUUGAGAGGUGGGCGGCUGUGCGCGACGCUGUGUUCGAGGAGAGGGUCAGUCGAGCUGCCCAGUCCGCCGAUGGCUCCCAGGGGUCUCCUCCAGCUGGCCCCGUCAACUGCGCCUUCGUAUUGCCGAACUUGGCGCACGAGAGCGGGUUCACCUUUCGGAUUCUCGCCCGCGGUGGCCCUAGCCAGGAGUUGGCGCUGUCCAACUCCGUCGCCUGCCGCACCGCGGACCGGCCCGAGGUCGGCUGCGAUUCCAUGCUGCGGCAGGUAGCAAGAAGGGCGCACGCGGUGUCUCUGGAGUGGGUGCUGCUGGAUCCAGAAGGUGCCCCCGUCGAGGAGUGCGAGCUGCAGUACCGCUGCGACGGCUUUGUCUCGGGGUGGCGCUCCGCCUGCGGGCGCCUGUCGCCAGCCGCGGACACUGGGCGGCCGUACGGUCUGGCCGAGGGAGCACGGCGGUGGCAGGGCACCAUCGGCGGGCUGGAGGGAGCGAGCGUCUACAUCGUGCGGGCCCGAGCCCGCAACGCUGUGGGGUGGUCGUCUGGGUUCUCCUCGGAGCUGCCCUGCCGGACGGCCGACUUGCCGCCCGCGCCCAGGGAGCUGAGGUGCGUGUCGCGCAGCCCGCACUCGCUCGUGGUGUGCUUUGCGCUGGAGGACCCCGAGGGCGCACCUGUGGUGGAGUGCUCCGCCGAUGUUUACGGCACGCUCGGUUUUCAUAGUUUCACUUUCUGCAGAUUCGAGGGCGUUGGCCUGGGCGAGGCGGGGGAACGCUCUCAAGAGACAGGUCGGCCAAGGAUGGCGUCGUGUACACUAGAAGGUCUGCAGCCAGAGACUCUUUACUCCUUCCGCAUUUGGGCCAGAAACGAUUCUGGUCUGUCCAGGCAGCCCUCGAGCUCUCUGGAGUGUCGAACGUCGGACAGGCCUGCCGCUCCGUGCAAGCUGUACGUCAAGGCGACUGGGCCGACGGCGUUUUUCCUUGAGUUCGACGUUCACGACCCGGAGGGCGCCCCCGUCGACUGUUGUGCCGUGGAGUAUAGUCAAGACUCUCUUUUAUCAUCCUGGACCAGCGUGGAGGCCGUGUGCGAUCUCAGCGUGGCCCCAGAAGCGCCUUGCAGCGCCCCAGCCUCUGGUUCAACCCUGGCAGGGCCUUGCGACCCUGUGUCCGCCGUGAGUGUCCGGAGGUAUCGCGUCGCCCUGGAGAAGCUGGAGCGGGAGACGCCGUACGUGUUCCGUGCGAGGGCCCACAGCUGCAUCGGCUGGUCGCACGGCUACUCGCCAACAUCCUUUGCGCGGACGACGGACUUGCCUCCUACGCCGCAGGGUGUCCGCUGCGUUGCGAGACUGCCAGGGGGGAUGAGGCUGGAGUUCACCACUGCCGAAAUUCCUGACACCGCCCCCAUCUCAACCGUACACAUCGAGGACGGUACGCUUUCUUGGCAAGAGGUACCGAUCCUCGCCCUGCAGAAGUCUUUGGCGACCAGUGCCGAGCCUGGCGUGACAGUGUGGUCGGUAGAGGUCCGCCUUGGCAUUGGCCCAGCGGUGAGGCACACUCUCCGAGUGUGGACGCAGAGCAGCGGCGGCCGUUGCCGAGAGCCCUCGGCCACGUGCAUUUGCCACACCUCAGACGAGCCCAGCGCGCCCACGCAGGUCACUGCUGCCACCCGCUCGGCGCACUCCCUGGAGCUGGAGUGGUUCCUCCCCGACCCCGAAGGCGCUCCGGUGUGGCAGUGCGAGGUGCAGUACAGCGAGGACUCCGCCCUCGCCUCGUGGGAAACGGCCGCCUGCGCGGACACGCAGCGCUCGGACGGCAAGGAAAACUACUGGAGGUGCACGGUGGACAAGCUGAAGCCUUGUACCCCCUACCUGCUGCGCGUCCGUGCCCGGAACGAGGUGGGCUGGUCCAGCUGGGACGUGGGUGCGCGCGCCCCCAUUCCGACUUCUGGACCUCCCAAGGCCCCAUCAGCCUUGGCAGCCUGGGCCGCGCCGAUGAAGCAGCGCCUUGGAGCCCCUGCCGCAGCAGGCAACUGCCUAGCCGUGACCAUUGCCCUAGAAGAGCCCGACGACGCGCCUCCAGUCGCUUGCGUGGCGACGUGGCGGCGUUGGGACAGGCGCGUGUCUUGCCAGCGCGUAGCCCCAGGGCAGUGGCUGGCGACUUUCCCGCAGCACGCCGAGGGCCAGAGCGCGGAGCAGGGCACGGCCGCGCCUCUGACCUUUGGGAUUGCGGCCGCGAACGCAGUCGGGUGGGGCGAACUCGCGGAGCUGUGGGCUGUAGAGGCGGAGCCGCCGGCGGAGCUGGCGGCAGGGCCCGGCUGCUACGCCCAUUGUUACAGGGCUGGGCCCCUGCGCACGGAGCUGCACCGUGCUCUCCGCGAGCGAAAAGCAGCUUGCGGCCGGGUGGCCGCCUCACUGCAGGAGGCGCAGGCGCGUGGCGAUGGCGAGUACGCCUCGUGGCUGUCUGCCCAGACGGACGAGCUGCAGCGGCGGGUGGCGGCGCUGGAGGAGGUCGCGCGACAGGUGGCAGAGGCCGAGGCGCAGCCACCUUCCUCAGGUGGCGAAGGCGGUGUCGGUGCGCACUUGGUCGCUCGCUUCCAGGCGGCCGUGCGUCAGCGCAAGCUCGUCCCAGACACCUCCGCAGCUGCCGAGGUACUCUACCUGUUGCUGCGGGGCUGUAUGUGGCUGGAGGCCUCGUGGCAGGCCGAAUUGGGCCCAUUUUCGGACGGUGUGGCGGAGCUGAUGUCGUCUGUGCCCGAUUCUGGCGGCAGGAUGCUGCAGCACUGGAUCAGGCAGCAUCAUGUCUGGUCUGAAGGCUUCGAUCGCAAGGUCAGCAUGGUGCUGCCCGACAGCCUCGCCUCCUGCGCGCGGAUCCUGGCCGCGCUGUCUGGCGGCGGCAACCUGCAACCGCUGGAGUCCGUCCGCGGUGUCAUGGAGGCGCAUCUGGAGCUCAUGUCCGCCGCCGAGCGGCAGCUGAGGCGUCUGCGGCAAACGCGUCGGGUACUGCAGCUGGCGCAGGGUGCGAACUCGCACAACUUCGAACCCCCGACCAUCGGGGAGAAGAUCGAGACCACGGCGCUCUCGCUGCUGACCACCACGGUGCUGGCCGUGGCCGUUCCAGGCGCAACGGAGUGCGGCGUGGCGCGCAUCGGCAUGCUGUGGCUGGAGGGCAAGGGCGCAGGCGACCACGUGGCGCUGGAACACCCUGUGGGCGCACCCAUCCAGCCGCUGCUGGAGCGGCUGGGGUGGACGUUGCCGUCCACGGCCGGCGUCAUCCUCACGGGCUGGGCUGGCGGGGGGCACGCAGGCGUUGUCCUCGUGCACAACCUGGCGGCGCGCAGGAUCACGGUCGUCGUGCGCCCAGACGUGGACACGCUGGCGUCGAGGAUAGGCAAGAAGCUGUCGAACGCGCACCCCAUGGUGUCCGCGAUCUCCCAGAGCCUCUCGGACCCCGACGCAGACGCGCCCGGGGUGACCAUCCUGCCGACAGACGUGGCCCUCAUCCAGGUGCCCGUCGCUGCAGGAGCGGCCGCGGGCGGGGCCACAUGCGGACGAGAGGCGGUGCGCCUCGUCUUCUGCUACGGUGCCGCUGGGUCGCCCGACAGGGAGAUGGGCUGGGCGCGGGUGAGGCCCGGGUCGGCGCUGAGCUUCGUGUCCCUUGACGGUGGCCUGCACGUCUGCAACCGGGAGGCGGGCGAGGGCGAAGCGCCGGGCCUCAUCGAGGUCGCGAAUAACGACCUGGCCGCGGUGAGCGUCGGCAUCCUGCGGGCGGCUGAGAGCCGGAAAAUGUUCGAGAAGGCGCUCGCCACCGCGUCGCUGCAGCCCGGCGAGCGCACAGAGCUGCGCCCACCCCAGGUGGGAUAAGGAGGAGGAGGAGGAGAAGGGCUGCGAAGGAUGAGGAAGGAAAAGUCCCUGCCUCCCCCCCCCACAUGCGCCGCCCUCGCUGGCUGCAUGGCGCGUUGAGAUAUUAUGGCGCUUUCUGGCUCUGCGCGGUGCUCCACGGGCGGGCGAGGCUGUGGGUAUGCCCCAUCGAGGCCGCUUCCCCAGCCGUGCCUGGUCCUCCGCGCGCGCGCGCCGGCUGCGCUUCGUCGGCCCCGCCGCGAUGCUGCGCACGCGGUUGUCGAGCAAGAAGGUGAGGGCCGAGGAGGUCUGGCGGACAGCGUCCCACGCACACACCACGGCCCUCAGCAGCAGCAGCACCAGCAGUAGUAGCAGGCCGAGGGCGGCAAGCCGCGCCUGCCGCAGGUCGGCCUCGGCCGCGUCUUCGAGGUGGAGGUCUCGUACUCGGACGGCAGCCGGGCGCUCUGCGAGGCGAGGCCUGGCCAGCGAGUCUCCGUGGAACGCUAUGUGUGAGGAGCGCCGUGGACGCCGCGGGCGCCGCUGACGGGCGCGCGAGAACGCCGCCGCCGCGGCAGCUCGCGAGACCGCCGCCGCCGCGGUGCGCACGGCGCCUGGGGUUAGCGGCUAGACCUUCUGGCCCGCGGGCGUCGCCACGAAAAGUCACCCGAGCGCUUGUCGGACCUGGAGGUGGUCCUUCUUGGCGGGCGCUCCUGCUGCCUCUGUCUCUGUCUCUCUCUCUCUCGG